AUGGGAUACAUCACCCCAGAGAUCACUGGCAAAUUCCCUGGCUACUUAUCUCCAUCAGCUGGUUUGAAGUUCGCCGAUGUGCCUAAUGGUUUGGCUGCCAUCUCAAAGGUCCCAGCUGCAGGAUGGGGUCAGAUCUUGGCCUACAUGGCUUUCUGCGAAGUCUCCCAGGAACAGACCCCAGGAACUGAUGCAUAUGCUGGAGACUUUGGAUUCAAGGUGUUGACCGCGGCUGACCCAGCUGAGAAAACCAAGAAGCUCAAUGCCGAAAUUGCAAACGGAAGACUGGCGAUGAUGGCCAUCAUCGGCAUGUUUUUCCAGGAUGGUCUGACCGGAAGCGCCUGGGGAGACUGGGCCAACUACACAGCAUCUCCUUUGCGCGCCUUCGAGAAUGAACUCGGCGUGCAGGCCCCCGUGGGCUUCUGGGAUCCCGCAGGUUUCACGGCCGACGGAAGCGUGGAGGACUUCAAGCGACGUCGUGCUACCGAGAUCAAGCAUGGUCGCAUUUCGAUGUUGGCCACCAUGGGAUACAUCACCCCAGAGAUCACUGGCAAAUUCCCUGGCUACUUAUCUCCAUCAGCUGGUUUGAAGUUCGCCGAUGUGCCUAAUGGUUUGGCUGCCAUCUCAAAGGUCCCAGCUGCAGGAUGGGGUCAGAUCUUGGCCUACAUGGCUUUCUGCGAAGUCUCCCAGGAACAGACCCCAGGAACUGAUGCAUAUGCUGGAGACUUUGGAUUCAAGGUGUUGACCGCGGCUGACCCAGCUGAGAAAACCAAGAAGCUCAAUGCCGAAAUUGCAAACGGAAGACUGGCGAUGAUGGCUAUCAUCGGUAUGUUUUUCCAGGAUGGCUUGACCGGAAGCGCCUGGGGUGACUGGGCCAACUACACUGCUUCGCCUUUGCGUUGA